AUGUUUUGCAUGAGACGGAGUGUUCUCUCGGUUAACUCGGUCAACGCUCUUUCGACAAGGCUAUGCCAACGAUAUUUCACGGUGAGGUCAAACGUGAGGUCCAUUUACGACACGAAAGAUAUAAACACCAAGGCUGGAAAACUUGUUGAUGAGAUUGAGAGCCAACGACUGAAAAUUUCAAAAACUUUGGAAGAACCAAAGUCAAAGGAGGAUAAAGACUCUAGGUUCUCGUACAUGAAACAUCUGGGCACUAUCAUAGAGAGCGAGAAUUUCCAGAACCUGAAGAAAGAAUUAAGUAGGCUCAAUGAAAAACGACAAAGCACCACAAAGUUAUACUCAAAGGAUUUGUCUGACCGGCUGGACGUCACUGCAGAAAAUCUCAAGACUUCUCUCAAAUUUGCAUCAAGACUAGUCAACGAUGUAACGGGCUACACCAAAAUAGAACAGCUCAAACAGAGCAUCGUGCAACGCGAGGAGCAACUACAGAGAAUACGAGCUCAGAUUCAGGAUUCUAAGGCCGCACACGAGACAGCUGUAUCAGAGAGAGUGGCAUCCCAGAAAGAGGUCAAUGCACUGUUAGAGAGGAAACACAGCUGGUCCACAGAAGAUUUGGAGAGGUUCACAGAGUUAUACCGAGACGACCAUAGUUUAGAGCAGACGGUGAAAGAGACGGCUGACGCCGUCAAGGAGCUCGAGGUUAAAGAGGAGGAGACUUACUCGCAAUUGAUACAGGGAAUAAUGAAUAGAUACCACGAAGAGCAGGUAUGGUCUGAUAGAAUAAGGUCAUUCUCCACAUGGGGAACCCUCAUGAUUAUGGCCGUCAAUUUGCUGCUUUUUGUUGUUGUCCAGUUGUUUUUAGAACCCUUCAAGAGGUCACGCUUGGUGAGUUCUUUUGAGAUGAAAGUCACGGAUUUACUGGACGAGAAAGUCGCAACGAUGCAGGCUUCGUUGGAAGAGAAAAUCCGCAAAUCUGAAAACCCUACACAAUUGGAUGGUUUCACCGCCGUUGAUGAUAAGCAGGCUUCGCAACUUUCAGGCACGAUAGUGUCUUUCAGUCCAAGUAGCUCGUCAUUUAGCUCCAUUGUUGAUACUUUGAAAGCUAACCUGGCUCUCAUUCUGAUCAACCCAUGGAAAGGUUCUUUCAACCAGGAACCACUCACCUUUGAGAAAACGCAGUUGAACCUGUUCCUGGGAUGUGUUUUUGCGACCGGGACAAUUUUGGGGGUAUUAUUCACUUCACUGGUCCGCUGA